CUGUCUGGAAGCAUCACAUGUGGAAUAUUUUCAGGUUUAACCUUGCCUUGUUGUUGUGGAGGAAGAAAGACACACUGCUGGGACAGCAAGUCAAGGCAGACGCGGUGACUGUUAAGAAUGUAUAAAUUACUGCGGCCGUCCUUAUUGCGGAUGAGAUGUGUGAGAUGCCUGUGCCUGGCGAGACAGUUGAGCUGGGGGGUAAGUCAGUGGAGCACCAGACUGACCCCCGCUUGGGGAGAUGAUGUCCACUUACCCACCUCCUCUCUGGCAUGGAGGGACGUUUUGGGGAAGAAGAACAACAGGAUCUCUCUGCGCAGAUACUCCCAAACUGGCCCAGCGUCUGAGGAUUCGAGCGGGAGUAAAAAGCCGUCCAGUCUGACAUCUGUUGACCCUGAGAGGGAAGAGGAGUUCUCCUUCCUGGAGUACCACAUCAACGACGUCUCCAUGGAGACGAGUGACGCCCUCCCACCGCACCUGGCCAUCACUGACGCCAUGGUAACGGCAGACAAGAAGGAGAAGGAGAAGGCGGAGCCUAGAGAGGAUGACCCCGCCCACAGGGCUCUGAGGGAGCAGGCACGCGUGCUGGCAGAGGCCAUGAACUCCCGUACUGUCCAGGAGUCUGUCAUCGAGUUCCACGACGAGGGCUUCCUAGUGGAGGAGACCGCCAGGUCUGAUAACCCUAGGAAGAGGAGGAAGAGGGAGAAGGGUGUCCAUAAGCUGUACGGUUCUCCAGAUCCUGAUCAGCCAGUGAGUGAGGUGCCCUGCUCCGGCUGUGGAGCCCUGCUGCACUGUGCUGACCCCACCGUGCCCGGGUACCUGGCCAGCCAGAAGUACACCAGCCUCCUGCUAGACGGUGGCCUCUCCAAGGCUGUGUGCCAGCGCUGCUUCCUGCUCACCCAUCACCAUCGGGCCCUCAACGUUACCAUGACAACAGAAGAGUAUCGUGACGUGGUGCGGUCCGUGCGGCCCAAGAAGGCGCUCGUGCUACUGAUCCUGGACCUGCUGGAUAUGCCCCACUCCAUAGUGGCAGACCUGCCGGACCUAGUGGGACGCAACAAACAGGUUGUGGUGCUUGGUAACAAGGUGGACCUGCUGCCAGGGGACUCCCCUAACUACCUGUCCCGGUUGCGGAGGGCCGUGGCUGGGUACUGCGCUGCGGCCGGGGUCCCUGUAGCCGACCCCAAAGACGUGCACCUCAUCAGCGCCAAGACGGGCUACGGGGUGGAGAACCUGGUCACACGACUACAACAGGUGUGGCGUUACCAAGGCGAUGUGUACCUGGUGGGGACGGCCAACGCGGGCAAGUCAACGCUGUUCAACACACUGCUGGAGUCAGACUACAGCAAGACCAGAGCAUCAGAUAUCAUACACAAGGCUACCAUAUCACCCUUCCCUGGUACUACUCUGAACCUGUUGAAGUUUCCCAUAAUCAAUCCGACUGCCCACCGUGUGCAGAGGAGAGAGGAGCGUCUUCGCACAGCUGCACACACACACACACCCGAGGACACACACAGACUUCAGCAACUCAGCAAACACGCCUACCUCGUUGGCCAUGUGGGUCGCACGUUCCGCGUGGAGUCGAAGCCGAGAGAGGUGACCUUUGACCCCGACCGGCUGAGCUACGGGGCGGGGCCUGAGGAUGACGGGGACGGGGGACGGGCCAAUCAGCAGCAGCCUCCUGCAGAGUUCUCAACCAAUGAGAUCAAAGAUGCACGCUGGCUCUACGACACUCCGGGAAUCAUGAAGGACAAGGACAUCCUGAGCGUGCUGUCGGAGCAGGAAGUGAAGGUUGUCGUGCCGACGCUGGCCAUCACCCCCCGCACCUUCAUCCUGCCCCCCAGGACCACACUCUUCCUCGGGGCUCUCGCACGCAUAGACUACUUGGAGGGUGAGAACUCGUGCUGGUUCUCUGUGUUGGCGUCGUCUCGUAUUCCGGUGCAUGUGACCACUCUGGAGAAAGCAGACGCCAUCUACGAGAAGCAUGCCGGGCGAGAACUACUCAAGGUUCCAACGGGAGGUCCAGAGCGCAUGGCGAGUUUCCCGCCUCUUGUUCCGCAGGACUUCGAUCUGAUUGGCCAGGGCCCAGACACGGCCAUCUGUGACAUCAAACUGUCAUCAGCAGGCUGGGUGGCGGUGACAGGGAUGGAGGGGGAGCGGCUUUGUAUCCGUGGUUACGCCCCAGAGGCUGCUGGGAUGUGCCUGCGCUCGCCGCCGCUGCUGCCGCACAUCGCCACGGUGAGGGGAGAGAGGAUCAAGAAGUCACCCGCCUACAAACCUGUCAAGCCACACACACACCUGCUGUCAAACACACACACACGCAAGGCCAAGAAGAGAAGCUGAGGGGUGUGUGUGUGUGUGUAGGGAAGAGGGAGAGACUGCAUGAGGGAAAGUGUGUGUGUGUGUGAGCAUGAGGGUGUGUGUGUGUGUGUGUGUGUGUGUGUGGGGAAGACGGAGCGAGCGUGAGAGAAAAUGUGUGUUUUUUUGUGUGUGUGUGAGAGAGAGAGAGAGAGAGAGAGAGAGAGAGAGUGAGUGUGUGUCUGUGUGCAAGUCUGUUUGUGUCUAUAUAACGCAUGCUAUAAAUGAAUGCCCUGUAACUAAGUAUACUGUACAUACAGCAUCUUUACCACUGUAAAUGAAUGCUCUGUAAGUUAGUAUUCUGUAUAUAUUCUAUAGAUCUUUUUUUGGAAAUAAAACCACUUUUUAGUGUG